AUGCCCGGACGAGCCACCCCGACCCCCGCCGCCACCGCCACCCCCGCCUCCACUGCCACCCCCGUCUCCAUCGCCACCGCCCCCACCGGCACCCUCACCCCCGCCUCCUCCGCUACCUCCUCCGCCGCCACCUCCGCCUCCACCGCCUCCACUAGUACCUCCACUCCCGCCACCACCUCCACCGCCACCCCCACUCCCCCUGCCACCCCCACCUCCCCCGCCACCGCCCCCUCUAGCUCCACCCGCUCCCUUGCCCCCUUUGCCCUUGCCAUUGCGGCGUCUACCGCUGGGGGCAGACGCCGCACCGACCGACUCAAAACCAGCGAGCGCCACUCUGACCACCUCCACCACCGCCACCGCCACCGCCACCGCCACCCCGCCUCCGCCUCCACCGCCGCCGCCUCCGCCACCUCCGCUCCCACCGCCACCGCCGCCGCCACCCCCGCCUCCACUGCCGCCACUAGCACCCCCACCCCCGCCACCACCUCCACCGCCACCCCCACUCCCUCCGCCGCCUCCACCGCCACCUCCACCGCCCCCGCUGGCCCCACCCGCUCCCUUGCCCCCCUUGCCCUUGCCAGAGCGGCGUCUCCCGCUAGGGGCAGACGCCGCACCGACCGACUCAAGACCAACGAGGUCGGCCGCAGCGGUAGAGGCGACAGAGGGCAGGAGAGGGGAAGGAGAACACCCCUCAAAGAUGGGGGCGCGGGGGUCACCUCGAGAGGCUCCUACAGCGACUAUGCUCUUCUCCGCCGCUAG